GGCCGCGGCUAGGUAGCGUCCGGGAGUGACGUCAUGCGUGAUGACGCGCGUGCGCACGGAGACGUGAAGACGCAGGCGGGCCGUGGAGAGUUCAACUCCUUGAAGUCCUAACACCUGACCAAACUUCCCAUCACUGGGCUGUUUUCCUAUCGAACCAUGCAGCGGCGAUCAAGAGGAGUUGGUAUUGGGCUCCUUCUGCUCCUCUCUCAAAUCUUCCGUGUUGGGAUCGACAAUAUUCCGCCUGUCACCCUCGGGACCUUGGCUGUCAACGUCUGGUUCUUCUUGAAUCCCGCAAAGUCACUGUAUGACUCCUGCCUUAGCGUGGAGAAGUGUUACCAGCAGAAAGACUGGCGGCGUUUGUUGCUUUCGCCCCUUCACCACGCUGACGAUUGGCAUUUGUAUUUUAAUAUGGCAUCCAUGUUGUGGAAAGGGAUCAGGCUGGAGAGAAGACUGGGCAGCCGAUGGUUCGCCUAUGUCCUCAGUACCUUCGCCCUGCUCACUGGGGUGGUGUAUUUGCUCUUGCAGUUGGCUUGUGCUGAGUUUAUGGAUGAGCCUGGCUUCAUGAGGAACUGUGCUGUGGGUUUCUCAGGAGUUUUGUUUGCCUUGAAAGUUCUUAACAACCAUUAUUGCCCCGGAGGCUUUGUCAACGUUUUGGGCUUUCCUGUACCUAACAAAUUUGCUUGUUGGGCAGAACUUUUGGCCAUUCAUUUCUUCACGCCAGGGACAUCCUUCGCGGGGCAUCUGGCCGGGAUCCUUGUUGGACUGAUGUACACUCUGGGGCCUCUGAGGAAGAUCAUGGAGACAUGUGCAGGUAUUUUUUCUUCUAAUACUGGCUACCCAAGACAGCAGUACUACUUUAACAGUUCAGGCCACUCUGGAUAUUGGGAUCAUCAUCCAUAUGGCAGCCCAAGGUACAGAGAGCAAGCGCCCAGAAACUAUGAUGUAUACACAGCUGGCCUGAGUGAAGAAGAGCAGCUAGAGGAAGCGCUGCGAGCCAGCCUCAGGGACCGAGGAAACACCAGAAAUAACCCACCACCCUACGGGUUUCAUCUCUCACCAGAAGACAUGAGGAGACAGCGGCUUUACAGAUUCGACAACCAGUGAGGCAGCUUUUUGGGAAGACAUCAUCCAGCUGUGUCCUGGUGGCCCACAUGCUCACUCCCCGAGCCUCUAAUAGCUUUAACAAAAUCAGAGUACAGUUGUCAUCCUGUAUUGCUCACGUCUGCCAUGGGCCCUCCCCGUGUGGCCCCUGUGAAUGAAUCCAGCCUGACAUAUCAGGUAGAGUAGCAGGAAGCCAGGCAUGUUGAAAGCAGCUCACAGCCCUCUGGGAGGGACCACCCUCCUCGCCUUGUCCUCUGUCCCAAGCAGAAAUUCACCUCCUCCAUGAGGAGCUCCCACACUCCUUCCACCCUCCUUCACCUGCCUGCUACUCAGGGUGCAUUUACCUUGUCUUGAUUUUGAAGCCCUGGGUUUUCACCAGGAGGUUUUGUUUUCACCAGUUUGGAAGAUUAGACCCUCAUCCAGCCCGGAGCCCUGCAUGCUGGACUUGGCAGGAGGUGAGGCCCUGUGCCCUCGUCCUCCUGGCAUGUUGCCAUGGUGAUUGUCCAGGAAGGCACCGUGGCUGCUCUCCCAGGCACUGUUCUGUCCUCCUUCACCCCGGCUCCUCAUUGCAGGGCCUUUGCUUUGUUCUCACAUGGCUUUGCCUACAGAGUGCGUCACUGUAGGAGUAUGAGAGACCCGGGGGGGGGGGGAGGCCCAUGUACUCUGUUAGGUGGCAGGUGGCACCAGCAGGAGCCUCCCCUCAGAGGCAGCAAGAGUACCUGGGUGGCGCGUGUCACUUGAUCAGCCAGGCAGCAGCAGGCGCCACAUCAGAGGGGAGCAGCGACUUUUAGUGGACCAGUCUGACUAGAAGUAUUUUUUCCUCAUAAAAGUGCCUUUUAACUGGCCGCUGCAGCAGCUGUUUGUCCUGCACAAGUGUCCAAAACAUGCCCCAGGGCUCUACAGUGUUAUAGUACACAGACUGCCGAGUCAGCGGAGGCAUUUCCUGGUGCUUCAUGAAUAAGAGGCCACAGCCAAAGCGCCACUCGGUUCUCACUGUGGUGGAGCUACUGCUUUUUAAAGAGCCAGAGAAGCAGAAAAUGAUUCAUCCAUGUCUUCCUCUUGCGUCAUCUGUCACUUACCUAGAGCUUUGUGAUUGUGUAAGCAGAGCACUUCAGGAAAAUACCCCAAAGGUAACGGAGGUUAUCUUUGGCAAGGGAGUAUGUGGGACUUGUAUGUUCUCGUUUUUACAAUUUUAUAUGCUAUUUUUUAAAAAUGUGUAUAUGAAUAUAUUAUAUUUGAAGUCAGGAAAACAGAUGUAAAAAGUAUUGUAUAUCGAAAAAAUCACAAUAUAAACAAAAAUAUGAAUAUAUAUAAGAUUUUUAAAUUACCUGUAUUCCUUCCAUUUAGAGGUAUCCAGGUGCAAAAAUUUGCCUUCUCAAUUUUUCUUUCAUGCUUUUGACAAAUUUGAAGUGUAAUGAGUGUACUGCUACAUCUCUGGUUCCUAAUCUGUAUUUACCUGGGUAAAGCUUUGGCACUUUCUUAUCAAUGAGCUAAGAAGCCCAGUAGAGCUGGAGAUGCCUUGACCUCCAGGCCGCCACCGCAUUCCUGAGCUCUCAGCUUCAUUUAUAAUUGAUGCAAAGCUGAGCUGUUGAUAAUGUGAAUUGUACUCAUGAGUCUGCUAACUUUAAAUGUACUUAAAUUUAAAUGUUCGAGCCCAAAUCCCUCCUUUCUCCCAACUAUAAAUUUGACCUCCAUCUCCUAUUCCGAAGUGACCACUUUCUUACAUGCCAUCUUCUCACAGAACAUGGAUAUUCUGAUAUAAUUACCAUUAUUGUUGUCAUUAUCAUUAAUGGCUAACUACACCAAGAUGUGCCUUCCACAGGGGAGGCUGGGUUAUAAGUGAUAACUGAAACCAUUUAUCUUCUCGUUCUCCUGUCUCCCCUCUUUACCACCUAAAGACUUGUGGUCGGACUCAUUAUCAGUUUUCCACCAGAGUGUUUUUUGGUUGCAUUGAAAGUCAAAUCAUGUAUAUACGGAAGUUUUCAUUUGUGUGAGUCCAGUAGUAGGACCUCCUUAUUCUGUGCAAGCAGACACGAAGCCAGUGGAGUCCAGUUUUGGAUACUAAAGCUGUAAUGCAUGCAUGCCUUACUCGUGAAGUGGAAUAUCACCACACACUGGAGAUUGAAAAGGUCGUUUCAGUUAUAAAUAUAAACCAGUUAUUUUUACACAAUAAUAAAGAUGUUC